AUGUUCUUUGCAGCAAAGUCAGUCUUGGUUAUUGCUGUGCGUAUUGUCAGUGAGAAUAAUGAUGUAUUCCUUGUCUAUUAUUUAGAAAAUAACAAAGGAAGAUACAUGGAAAUCAGAUGACCUUAGGAGGCACAUAAGGGUACGUUCAGUCACGUGAUAAGGGUAGCACUUUUUUUUUUAAUGAUAAGCUUGUCCUGAUUGUAUUAAGUGCAAUGAAUAAUGUGUCUUAUUGUCAGGGUGGAGGACAUGAUGAAGACUCUAGCAGGAGGAGAGAUGAUGAGAGAAGACACAGGAUGGGGGAGUCAGUAGAGCGACGCCACAGAGACCCAGAGAGGGAGGCCAGAAGGGAGAGAGAGAAGAACAGAGAGCGAGAUGGUACCCGAGAGAGAACAAAACCCAGAGAUAUAGACAAGGACAGACAUCAAGACAGAAGGAAAGACGGCUCGAGAGACAGGACGGGCGAAAAGGAGGCGAGAGACAAAGAAAGGAGCAGAGAGCAAGAUAGGGUUAAAGGCACAGAGAAUGUUAAGCACAGGGAUGGGGACAGAGGCAGUCGGGACAAAAUACAUGAUAGAGAAGAAAAAGAAAACAGGGAUAGGGAGAGGGUAAAGGCCAGAGAAAGGGAUACGGAGAGGGAAAGAGAUGAGCUGAGGAAGAGCGACAGGGAUAAGGAGAAGGAGAAGGACAAGGAGAGAGAAACAGGUGAGAGGGACAGGGAGCGAUGGUCUGACAGAGCUAGAAAGAGAAAUGAGGAGAGGGGGGAGGGAGGGAGAGACAGGGAUAGAGAGCAUGAUCGUGAGAAGAGAGAUAGACAUAAGGAGAGGGAGUAUCUGAAAGAGAGUGAACGCUACAAGGACAGAUCGCAGGAGAAGCAGAAAGACAAGGAAAGAAAAGAAAGACACCCGGACAGAGAGCAUUCAGGACAAAAGGAGGACAGAGGUAAAGUUAUCCAGGUGAAAAAUAUGUCAACAUCUUACUCACUAAUCAUAGUAUGUCAUUAAAUGUUUAUUUUGAUUUCAGAAUACAGGGAGCAACAUAGAAAAGAAAAGGAGGAGAGAGAAAGGAGACACAAAGAGAGAGCACAACACGUAAGCGUCUUCGAUAUUGUCCAAACAUAUGUUCUUUAUUCCCUAAAUUAAAUAUAAGGCAACAACACCACAAUGGUCUGACUGGUUCCGCUGGCUCACACUCAAGGGUGAAGUUUCCCCUAGGUACAGAUCUAGGAUCAGCAUCCCCUCCCCCAAUUCUAAUCUUAACCAUUAGUGGGGGAAAUGUUAAACUGAUCCAAGAUGUAAAUGUAAGAUCAGAAUCCAGGGGCAACUUCACCCUACACCCUGGCUCACAUCCUGGGGUAUAUUUUUGUUACAGGAUACAGGUGAAAGUCGGAGACAUGACGGUGAAUCCAGAGAAGUGGAUCGUGAGCGAGUGCACAGGGAACGGAAGGGGUCGGACAGAGAGAGGGAGGGAAAGAGGGAUAAACAUCGAGAGAGGAGGCACAGAGAAGAAGCAGGUCCUGAGAGGGAUCCCACAGAACGGACCAGCACCAAGAAAUCAUCAUCCUCAGACCUCAGAGUUCACAAGGAAAAGACAGAGCCUGUUAAAACUAAGGUUUGUACCACUGCAAAGUCAAGUCAAGAGUUUAUUCAAAGUGCGUUUUACAACACACUUUACAUCAUUAAAAAAGAAUAUAAUAAUAUAGGAAAAGGGAAUAUGGAAAAAACAGCAAGUGAUAAACAGUCCCUCACCCUUUUCAAUAUAUGCUCCUCAUAUAAAGUAUAUGUGUUUUCAUGGCUCUUUUUUCCUGUGUGUUUCUCCUGUGUGAGCCAGGAAGUAGUGAUGCGAUCUGAGUCAGCGUGGAGGUCUAGUCAGAAACAAUUAAGUGACACAGAGGAGCCCGUAAGACUUCUUUUCAUGAUGGGGUUUUUCUCAUGGCCAUAUCUGUCUACCGUCAAUACCUCUGCUAGCAUGAGAAUAGAGCAUGGUUAUUGGUUUUGGACCAUAGCUGCUUAAUACACACCCAAUUCAGACCAAGAGCAUUGCAUUUUGAAUUGGGGAUGAUCAAAAUUGACUGAGGCAUUUUGUAUGUUUCAGUGCAUCUAACAUCAGAUAACUGGACAAGCCUUGUCUAUAGAUAUACAGGGGCCAUACUUGCAAACAUAAGCAAGCAUUUAAAGUUCAAUGGGUUCUCACGCACAAAAUGCGUAUCAGCCAAUGAAAAGCAUUGAUUUACUUGCAUGUGACCGAAUGCUAAAUUGUAGCUGGUCCCAUCAGAUAGCAUGUUAAAAGUUAGCCCUACGCUAACUUCAACAGGUGGUGCUGAUUGUAUCCUGGCACAAGUGCAUCAGCCAAUUAAAAUUGUUGAAGUAGUUGGACGUGUUCCAACACUUGUUCAUGGAUGGAAGUGUCGUUAACAUACCUAAGUCCAACAGCAUGUUCUGAUAAUCAAAGCAACUCUGUAUUUGACUCACUGGUCAAAUUACUUUCUGUGUAAAGUGCCUACCACGUAAUUGUCGCAGAUUGUGCCAAGGGUUUGAAUCGCACAUUAGUUUUCCCCCCCCCUGUUGGUUGACAUGUAUUGUGUUAGUGUGCAGUGCUUGACUUGGACUAAAAUAUGUGCCGCGCCCGCUACUCAUUUUGGGUGCCGGUACUGUUCAUAUUUAGGUGCAUGAACUGUACAAUACUUUUGAGCUAAUAUUUUAUAAGAGGAGCAGGAACUCAAGCAGUAGAACAUUUGAGGUGUUGGUGCACAGUUCUGGUGAGCUCCUGCCCAAGUCAAGCGCUGUUUUUGUGUUGAAAAGGGACACCAACAGCUUGAAAAUGAAGAUUAUGAAUGAAUUCAAUAAAGAGCUACCUCUUUAUUCAGCCUUGCACACAAAACGGGGGGCCAGUAUGAAAAUAAAUUAUAUAUAUAUAUAUAUAUAUAUGCACUCACUAACUGUAAGUCGCUCUGGAUAAGAGUGUCUACUAAAUGACUAAAAUGUAAAAAUGUAAAAAAUGUUAAACACUAUUAUUGCCUAAUAUUCAUAUUGCAUAGGCUAUAUUACAUGGACCUGUACACCUAAAUCUAAGCCUACAAUGUUUUAUAUGCAUUUUUAUAAUCAUCCACUUUGUCACAUGCGUUUUCAAUCGAGCAUCAAGGACCGGCAGUGGACAGUUUCUUUCCUCAACAAAAACGCUUGCUGCGAGGGGGGCUCAAUUCGAACCCCACAGUUAAAUGCACAAUCGAUUGCAAGUCAACCGCUUUAGCAGUAUGUGCCAUGAAAAUGUGAACAUUUUGUUUAACAUUAGUAGUAGCUAGUAGCCUAGUCAAGGAUACAUCCGUGCAAUAUUGGCACACAACAUUUUGUUACAGACCAACAGAACAAGUAAACCUUGAAUUUGUGGGUUUAAAAUAUCCCUCUAGUGGCCAGGGUUGACCUAUUUUAAGAAAUGCCAUUGGUUGGUGGAUAUAAAGUCUAAGAUCUUUUCAUAGGCUGAAGAAGUUCUGCCAGGAUAUAAUUAGUACCACCUGUUGAGGUUAGCAUAGGGCUAAUGUGUCUGAUGGGACCAGCUACAAUUUAGUGUCACAUGCAUAUAAAUCACUGCUUUGCAUUGGCUGAUACGCAUUUGGUGUGUGAGUACCUAUUUAACUUUAAAAGCUUGCUUAUGUUCACAUGGCCCCACAGUAUUCUCCAUUCUGUUCUGAUAUUUCUCUUCCAUUAAUGGCAAAUGUUUGCAGUGGCACCUUUUGUUGAUGGCUUCAUUGCUUUGCUUGCCUUCACAUACAAAGUAUUCCGACCCCUUGACUGUUUCCACAUUUUGUUACGUUACAGCCUCAUUCUAAAAUGGAUUAAAUAUUUUUUUCCCCUCAUCAACCUAAACACAAUACCCCAUAAUGACAAAGCAAAAACAGGUUUUUUGAAAUAUCACAUUUACAUAAGUAUUCAGACCCUUUACUCAGUACUUUGUUGAAGCACCUUUGGCAGUGAUUACAACCUCGAGUCUUCUUGGAUAUGACGCUACAAGCUUGGCCCAACUGUAUUUGGGGAGUUUCUCCCAUUCUCAAGCUCUGUCAUGUUGGAUGGGGAGCGUUGCUGCACAGCUAUUUUCAGGUCUCCAGAGAUGUUCGAUCGGGUUCAAGUCCGGGCUCUGGCUGGGCCACUCAAGGACAUUCAGAGACUUGUUCCGAAGCCAUUCCUGCGUUGUCUUGGCUGUGUGCUUAGAGUCGUUGUCCUGUUGGAAUGUGAACCUUCGCCACAGUCUGAGGUCCUGAGCGCUCUGGAGCAGGUUUUCAUCAAGGAUCUCUCUGUACUUUGCUCCGUUCAUCUUUCCCUAGAUCUUGACUAGUCUCCCAGUCCCUGCCGCUGAAAAACAUCCCCACAGCAUGAUGCUGCCACCACCAUGCUUCACCAUAGGGAUGGUGGCAGGUUUCCUCCAGGCGUGACACUUGGCAUUCAGGCCAAAGAGUUAAAUCUUGGUUUCAUCAGACCAGAGAAUCUUGUUUCUCAUGGUCUGAGUCCUUUAGGUGCCUUUUGGCAAACUUCAAGCGGGCUGUCAUGUUCCUUUUACUGAGGAGUGGCUUCCGUCUGGUCACUCUACCAUAAAGGCCUGAUUGGUGGAGUGCUGCAGAGAUGGUUGUCCUUCUGUAAGGUUCUCCCAUCUCCACAGAGGAACUCUGGAGCUCUGUCAGAGUGACCAUCGGGUUCUUGGUCACCUCCCUGACAAAGGCACUUGUCCCCUGAUUGCUCAGUUUGGCCUGGCGGCCAGCUCUAGGAAGAGUCUUGGUGGUUCCAAACUUGUUCCAUUUAAGAAUGAUGGAGGCCACUGUGUUCUUGGGGACCUUCAAUGCUGCAGGCAUUUUUUGGUACCCUUCCCCAGUUCUGUGCCUCAACACAAUCCUGUCUCUGAGCUCUACGGACAAUUCCUUUGACCUCAUGGCUUGGUUUUUGCGCUGACAUGCACUUUCAACUGUGAGACCUUAUAUAGACAGGUGUGUGCCUUUCCAAAUCAUGUCCAAUCAAUUGAAUUUCCACAGGUAGACUCCAAUCAAGUUGUAGAAACAUCUCAAGGAUGAUCAAUGGAAUCAGGGUGCACCUGAGCUCAAUUUAGUCUCAUAGCAAAGGGUCUGAAUACUUAUUUAAAUAAGGUAUUUCUGUUUUUUAUUUUUAAUACAUUUGCAAAUAUUUCUAAAAACCUGUUUUCACUUUGUCAUUAUGGGGUGUUGUGUGUAGAUUGAUGAGGGGAAAAAAUAAUUUAAUACAUUUUAGAAUAAGGCUGUAACGUAACAAAAUGUGGAAAAAGUCAAGGGGUCUGAAUACUUUCAGAAUGAACUGAAUGCUUCUGGUUGUUGCAUGGUAACAUUCACAUGGAUUUACUAUUUCUGUAAAUGCUCUGUAUAUUUGUCUAUGUAUUUAACUAACAGGGGUGCGUUCAGUACGACUGAACGGUGUUCAACGUUUAAUUCAACGGAAGCACGGCACGAUUAUGGUGGCUCAGAGGGUGAUUGUGUAUGGUGUGCUGCACGAGUUUUAUGAUUUCAAAUGGUCAUACCCAUAUUGAUCAGGCCACACCUACCAAAAGAGAGCAAAUGUACCUGAAAGGACGAACGGUGAGCACUGUUUUGGGUAAACGUGUCAUUAAGUACAAACCGCCACGCAACGUAGCAAACGUUGAACCAAACUGAACGCACCCAGGUCUCACAUGAAGUUACAUAUGGGAAAUACAAGCUAUUGACUGAAAUGAACUGCAUCAGAAAUUAACUGCAUCUGAAAUAAACUGCCAUCUGAAAUGAAUUGCAUCUGAAAUGAACUGCAUCUGUAGGUGGAAAUCGACGAGGCUCCGGCUGAGAACCAUGGCUAUGAUGAAGCUCAGGACUAUGAAGAGGACUUUGAGGUGAGAAGAGUCAAAGCCUAUAGACUGUGAAUUUUCUUAGUAACUAAUUUGUAUUUCAGUUUUUUUCUUUUGUUUCAUUAUAUAUCACACAUGCUCUAAAUGGAUUGCUUUUCCAGAAAAUGGUGAGUGAUUAAAUGUGUUCAAGCACUGACAAGCAGCAUUGAGAUAGCAAAAAAAAUAGCACAUCCAUUACUUUCAAUUACUAAAGUACUGUUGUUGUUACUAAUGUAAUUACAUUGUUACUACACCAUUAUAAGAGCAACUUAAAACUGUUUUUUUUUAUCUCCAAAGGAUUAUCAGGAGGAUUUUGAGGAUGUGGAUGAGAGCGAGGGAGAGGAUGAAAAGCAGACACACAGCCAUGAAGAGAGAGAAGAGCGGGAGGAAAUGAGUUCACAGAGGAGGGAGGAGAUCGAGGCCAUUCAGAGAGCCAUGGAUGAGGAGAACGAGAGAGUGGGCUCUGCCCAGCCCAGGCUAAGCACAGAGGAGGACGACAGACCCAAAAGGUCAAGAGGUAUAGUCAAUGCUCAACACUACUAGGUCGUAUUCAAGAGUGCAUACCGUAGCGAAACGUUUUGCAAUGGAAAACAAAAACAAUUGUUUCUUAUUGGAUCAUUCUGGUAGGUCCUUCCCCGUUUCAGCCUGUUUGGUUGAUACAACUCUGGUAUGAACAAUAAAGACAUGUUUAUUAUUUAGGACUGUCUUUUAGGACUCAUUUUACAAAGACUGUUUGAAUAACGAAAACAUUUCUUGGCCAUAGAUUCUGAAACGCUUCAAAGUAAAGGUUCACAGCACGGGAGGUUCAUGGACUUUGUUGCUGCGAAGCAUCGUGAGGUCAGCAAAAAGGUUGCCAGCAAACAGAAGUAAGUCUACUGGAACUAACUGUGAGUGUGAGCAGUAUUUAAAGAGAGGGAAAUGCAGUUACAAUUGACAGAUUUAGAGCCUGUGAGUCAACUGAAGUGAAGAGUAAAUUCAGCAACGCUUGGAGGACAGUGGAAGUUUACAAUAGUGCUUUUUUAUUGUUAUUAGGGGUUCACAGCGAAGCUGUGAAACCUAUUGUUAUUCUCUGAAUUCGUCGAUUUUUCCCCCCCCUUGACAUGGUCAAAUAACUCAAAUAUAUGAGAGAAUGCCAAGAGUGUGCAAAGCUUUCAUUAAGGCAAAGGGUGGCUAUUUGAAGAAUCUCAAAUAUAAAAUAUAUUUUGAUUUGUUUAACACUUUUUUGGUUACUACAUGAUUCCAUAUGUGUUAUUUCGUAGUUUUGAUGUCUUCACUAUUAUUCUACAAUGUAAAAAAUUGUAAAAAAUAAAGAUAAACCCUUGAAUGAGUAGGUGUGUUUAAACUUUUGACUGGUAGUGUACAUCUAGCCAUCUUUGAAAAGCAAGUCAGGUAAAGAGCAUUUUCUUUAUGUCUUAAAGGGGCAGUGUUGUAUUUUGAGACAGGCUUGAAUAAGCUAAGUAGCCAAUAGGCAGAGGGUAGCAUAAUUUGUCUGAUUCUCUGUAAUAAUGGUAUGGGAAUAAUAAUGAAUAUUAUUUUGUAAAGUGGUUUCCUGCAUCAAACAACACAACAAAACGUACAGUCACCUCCUUGUCUGAAGGACAAGUGGAUAAACAGGUUAAUGUCAGGCCCUGCAUGUUUUUUUUCAAAAGUCUCAUGGAAUGUAGGCCUACAUUGAACACCACACAGUAUUGGCUGAUACUGUAGGCUGAAUGAUAGAACUGCUAUUUCCAUGUUAAAAUGUUAUGUGAUGCAUUUUCUCCAUUGUUUUUUAUGGUAGGCCACUCUGGUAGGCCUACAUUAUCCAGGCUCUGUCGCAGCCGGCCGCGACCGGGAGACUCAUGGGCGGCGCACAAUUGGCCCAGCGUCAUCCAGGGUAGGGGAGGGAAUGGCCGGCAGGGAUGUAGCUCAGUUGAUAGAGCAUGGCGUUUGCAACGCCAGGGUUGUGGGUUCGAUUCCCACGGGGGGCCAGUAUAAAAAAAAAUAUGUAUUCACUAACUGUAAGUCGCUCUGGAUAAGAGCGUCUGCUAAAUGACUAAAAUGUAAAAUGUAAAUGUAAAUUAUGAUCAAAUAGCCACAGUAGCCUGAUUGGCCACUGUUAAAACAGUAAAUUAAAGCGGGUACCACCUCAGUGUUCACAGUAAACGCGCGCCAGAAGUUGCACAGAAAUUUCAUAAGGUUCAAGUUUGCGCUCAGCAGACCUGAAAUUUGCUCAGUGCAGAAAAAUAUUAGAGGGAACAUUGGUCACGACCCCAUGUGGGGUUGCCUGAUUUGAAAAUUCGGUUGUGAGAGAACAUCGGAAAUCAAAUAAAAAAUAGUUGCGGUUUCUGUUUUCUUCCUACAAAUGUUGCUCAAUCAUUUGAACGGUUUAAGCUACAAAAUAUUAUGACCCCAUCACUGAAAGAUUCUCAGGAAUAUGUAUGUAUCUUGUCUUCUGUUUCCCUCAAGCCGAGCAGGGCUCAUUAGAACAGAGUGGACAAGACCAGGCACUUAAUCAGACUGGGGGGGGAAAAUAACAUCAUCAAUAACAUAGAAUAUCAUACAAAAUUAUUGCUUAAUGAUCUUCUGAACAUCCCAAUACCUUUCUGAUGCAUUUCAGUCACUUCAAACCAUACUCCCUUCAGAUUAAAAAGUACUGUCAGACUGAUUUGUAAUAGACUGUCAGAGUCCCAAUUAAAAAAGUAAACAUUGGCCUUUUUUUUACAUGGUGGGGUUGCGAGAAUGUUUUCAUAUUAAGCUAAGGGAUUGGUGAAAAGAUGGCUGCGUUAUAUCAAAAAUCUUAGGUGUCCAUUUAAACCACAGAUAUCGAACUCCACAAUGGCCUAUCAACUUGAAACUUGUCACCGCUAUCAUGGAUAUAUCCAUAAGAUGAACCACACUGGAUUUGUUAUUGAUAUAAAAAAAAAACAAGGAAACUAUUAACAACUCAUUCUUUGCAUAUGUAACACUAAUGCUCAAAAUCAUCUGCAUUCAUCUUCUCCUCAUAAACCAUAAGUCAGAUUGACUCCAGAUGUGGUAUAUAGACUCAAUGAAUUAGCCUCUAAUGAAUUAGAGAAUGAUUAGUUGCUGCAUUCAAUGUCGGCCACGGCACACCGCUAGAUGGCACUAUGUCACACCAGGGCAAUAAGAACUGAACAGAUAGACAAGGGGCCAUGAAAUAUGUGGUAUGUAAAUCUUAUGUAUAUGUCCUUAGAAACUGUGUGAACAUAAAGCCACUGCAUCCUUAGAUGGCUGCACCAGACCAGUUAGUUGCACUAUAGAUGUAAUUGGCACCAGUGGCACCAUAGGAUACUAGUGCAAUAACUAUUGAUCAAGUGGACUUUGUUUCAUGCAAAUUAAUGUUCGAUUUAAAUUAUGCAGACAAACAAUGUGAAAUAUCGUGAUUAGUAUAUCUGUAUAAUCACAUAUUGUUGGCCUUUUAUGUGGUCUGAACGUAGUGAAAAGUGGAUAUUUUAUUCGGGAAAAUUAGAAACCGGAAGUCCUGGUGCUUGCGCAGUCAGUGUAUUACAACUGUGAGAGUGUAUUGCAGUAUUUUGUAAUGGUAAUGUUGAGUGUAACAACUGAGAUUUAAACCAUUUACACAAACAGAUUUAGACAAAAUAAAGGCCCAGAAUUCAUAGAUGACUGCAAUAUAUCAAAACACUAACGCUGAAAAACUAUUUCACAAAUCUUAACUUAAACCAUUAGUCAAAUUGACCCCAGAAUUGGUAUAUAAACUCAAUACAUGAAGUAAUGACUUUAAGAAUGACUACCUGCUGCAUUGAAAGAUGACCAACCUACUGUACAGCACUAGACUAAACUUCACUUGUGUCAUCCUUGUGGUAUUGAGAGAUAAACAUGGUAAUGCUUUCACUGAUUGCACAUAAAGGAAGAUAUUUCCCACAGGAUGGAGUGCUUGCUUUGUUAUCCAACUGAUCUCGAGUUCUUUCUGUCAUCCUGUGAACCCUGUUCAUUGCUGCUCGCAGCUAUAUUUGUUCUUUAUUGUUAAAGAAGCACUUUUAUCAACUUCCACUGUCCUCCAAGAGUUGCUGAAUUUCCUCUUCACUUCAGUUUGCUCCUCAAUUCAUGCACCUUGGUUGGAGAGUGAGAUAGCUGCUGUUUCCUUCCCUAAACCUGCUCUAUAAUAUCUCCUACUCUGUGUAUGUCAUAUGGGCCCAACCCAGGAAACGCAGUACAGAGCUGCUUCGCCUGAUCGACCUGGACUUCUCCAUCACCUUCUCCCUCCUGGAUCUGCCCCCUGUCAAUGAAUAUGACAUGUACAUCAAAAACUUUGGAACAACAAACACUAAACAGGUUUGCCUAUGCUUAUGCUUAACAGAUCUGGGUACACAAUACUAUUCGAAAUAAUUUCAAAUACUUUAUUUGGGCUUAAUUGAGCUUGACUGGUGCAAAGGAACCAAUAGAAUAGUCGCAAAUAGUACAAACGCCACCCGUCUGGUACUCCAGACAGGCUACCGCAAACGCUAAAAGUAUUUGAAAGAUUUCAAAUAGUAUCUGAACCCUGGUCUGAUGAUUAAUGACAUCAUUGUGACAGUAAGCUUGCUUGUCUUUUUAUUCAUAUAAAUGUGAUAAACCCAAUGCAUCCUCACUUUCCAGGCUUAUGUCCAGUGCAACGAGGACAAUACUGAUCGAGACAUUCAAACAGAGGAGAUCGAGAUGAGCGAGAAGUGGACACAGCAUCCUGCGGAGAGGAACGUAGGCUGUGGAGGUGAGGAAACAUGUACUGUGAUCUGUAUUCUAUCAAAUCUAUGACUAUAUCCCAAAUAGUACCCUACUCCCUUUAUAGGGCACUACGGUUGACCAGAGCAAGUAGUGCACUAUAUAGGGAAUGUGCUGCCAUUUGGAAUGUGCUUUUUUCCCACGUUGCAACAGGUCCCAACCUUUCCCACGAUACGUCUGAUGAAUCUGUGACCAAACUGAGCAUCGAUUCACAGCGCCUAGCAACAUUUCUGCGCUCAGCCUCACAGGUAUAGCCUAUGAUAGUACAUUUUUCUUCGAAUCAAAGUAACCAUUUUGUCGUCGCCAUACUGCAGAUACUCCCUCUUCUUGCCGUUACUAGUGCUUUGUGCUCUCUGUUUUGGUGUUAAUAGGUGGUUGCGGUACUGUUGGAAGAGGAUAGGGCUGAGAAGCAAUCACUGAAGAAGCUGAGGACUCAAGCAGACACUCUCUCUUUCAGCGACGGGUGUUUACAGCUCAAUACCAAGCUUCCAUUUCUAUGUGGCAAGUUACCUCACACUUAAAGCCCAAUAAUAAUAAAGUCCUUACUUUGUGUUGAGCCAUUCACCUUGCUGUCAUUGCAGUGCAGAACAGUCCCUAAUUAGCUCAUGCCAUGCAUUUUCAAUCAACAACUUGUGUCUUGCCACUGUCCUGAACUGAAGGUCUGGCCCGUGUUCCCAAAGGCAGCACCCAUAACAACCAAUGCUAUUUUUGCCAUGUUUGUAUAUGAGCUAGCUUGUCUCGGUUCUGUUGUUGUCCCUACUUGCAGGUCGUCAGAUCAGCCUGGUUAAAUUCUCCCAGGUGCAGAGGCAGACCAUGCUGUCCGUGCACAGCCCCUCAGCCAAGCCCAGCGCCGUGCGCCUCGACAGCAAGUCCAUCAUCUGUAUCUGGAACAUCUGGGAGCCCUCCCGCCCACAGAAGAUUCUUGUCUACGAGUCCGAGGUGCCACAAAACCACUGCAACUCAGAGCCUAGUUUUAGAUGUGGUUUCAAAAUUCUGGUAACUUUCCCAAAAUUCCCAGGUUUUCCAGAAAUCCCGGUUGGAAGAAUAAGCAGGAAACCGCAACCAGGAUUUCUGGAAAAUCUGAGAAACAAGACUGCAACUCACUGAUUUUACUCUUCAGGUGCACUGCUGCUGUUUCAGCCCUGGGAAAGCCACGCUGGUGUUUGCGGGCACGUCCGUGGGUUCUGUAGUCUUGUGGGACCUGAGGGAGCACGCCAGUGCCCACUACACUUUAAGGAUAGGGGAGAAUGACUGGACUCUCCGCAACCCAACCUUCUCCACAGGUCAGCAAUCAAAUGAUUUUUCCUCUGGCUCCAUUUUUAAAAAAUGUUCAGCUCCCCAAACUGUUCAAGUUUACCAAGUUUCAUGCUUUUAUGAAAAGUUAAGGAUUUUUUUUCAGCUCCGGGACAACUCAUCUCUUUCUGUUUCUUAUUGUAUUGUAUGUAAUAUAUACAUCAAGGCAGCCAUUUUGACUUGGCUAACGCUCAUAUGAAAAUACUUCAUCUGCACUUUCAUAUGUACUCUAAGAAUAUCUUCUUGAACUGAAAGAGAUGCUUAUCAACUCCUAGAUUCCAGGAGUGUCGUCUCCUGUUUUUGAGUAGGUUGAUGAUGUCUGUUAAUGUCAUCACCUCUGUCACCCUGUCAUCAGAUGCCGUGCUGGUAGCGUCGGGCCACAUGUCAUCAGUGAGCUCUGUGGAGGCCGUCCCUGCCACCGUGGCUGAGGGCCUGAGGCCAGAGCUUCCCCUUUUGGCUUCUGAUGAAGGUACUCCGACUAGACAUUGUGUGCGUCCCAAUGAUAUCUCAUUUUUCCUGAAUUGUGCACUCGUUUACUACUUUCCACAAGUCUAAAAGCCUUGGAUUGGUGCAGGCAUGGGCUAGUUGGAGUUUUCACCAUAUUUUAUAUACCAGUAAUUUUCUUUUAAAUCAGUGAAGGGAAGUAAAGCUAAAUGACGUAAAUGUAAAUGUAAAUGUAAGUAAACAAGUGCACACUUUGGGAGUAAGGAAAGAUAAUUGGGACAUAAUCUAUGAAAAACACACAAUUAUAGUAGCAUUUUUUAUGGUGAGCUAAAGUCUUCCUUUAAUUUCAAACUUAAGAGUCAUCAGGAUUGUCAUUCCAGUUGGCUUCUCUUGAUGAAAAUGGGGUUCUGAAUCUAUGGGUAAGUGUCUAUCUAGUAUGCUACAACACCGUCCCAUGUUUUUGCAUCACCACUAUAACUGCUUAUACACUAACUGAAUAACUGGUCAUCUUGAAUUAUGGGUUUGGUCUGUUUACUGACGGCACUGACUGAUCAUUAUUAAAGUGUAGUGUGUUUUUCUGCAAUGCUGUUGUUACCAUCUCUGUCCCACAGGUGGUACUGGAGCUCCCUAAAGCCAACGAUGCCGGGUCGCACACAGACCUCGGUGAGUCAGUCACGUUUAACAUGUUUCCUCCAUUACUUUCAAUGUUUAUUUUUUCUCCCACUCAAUUGACCCUGGCUGUUUCUCUUGCAGGGCUCCGGCCUGGGGGCAAAGUGAAACUGCUCCACAGUUCCACAGUCCUUACCACCAGCGAGAGGUGAGACGGAUAGAUAUUUAAUUCAUCACUGCCAGUCAGCGGGCCAAAAAUACCCACAAUGUGUGCCCCGCGGAACACAACAAGCUUGUUUUACAUGUCGUACGGACAGUUGUUGUUGUUGUCGGCUGACUAGACUGACGUGACUCAGUGUUUAAAUAGGUAUCUGUUAACGUGCAGCUGGUGUCGUGUGUGGUUUUUUUGCCUGGAAUCUCGUGACCUACUGAUACGACUGGGUAUUUAUUUCCGUCUGUCUCUCUCUCUCUCUCUCUCACCAGGUCUUCAAAACGAGGCGCUAAGAAAACAACACUGUUACAGACGCUGCUGUUAAAAUUUCUGCCCUCUGAUUCCAACCAUUUUUUCAUUGGCACAAAUAUGGUGAGCAGUAUCAAAUCAAUGAAUCAUCUUCUCUCUCUGUUUCACUGUUUGCGUUUUUAGACAUCCUGGAUAUGCCCAACAUAGCGGAUGCGUCUCAAAUGCUUGUUAAAAGUAGUGCACUGUAUAGGGAAUAGUGUGCCAUUUGAGACGCAUCCAUCCAGUAUGUCCAGGAUCAUGUGGACAGAAUAAACAAAAGUCACACUGUGUCGUAUGGUAUGUAUUGGUCAAUGUGUGUUGUUCAUAGGGUAUUGUGAACCAUGGGACCAGUCACGGGUUAAAGGCUCCUCCAAAGUUCUACCGGCCUCAGGUGGUUGGAUUCAGACCUGUUGAUGUCACCUCCAUCAACUUUUCUCCCUUCGGAGAACCCAUUUUCCUGGUGAGAUCAGUACUGUUGAGAUUCAUGUAUCUGAGUGCAAUGUAUGAAUAGUUUACAUGCUUGUGUGUGUGUGUGUGUGUGUGUGUGUGUACACAGUCACAGAUUAGACUGUUUUAGAUCAUAUAGAUCACUACUAUUAGAUGUGUGUGUGUGCUUCUCUGCUCCGGACAAGGGGGUUUUCAUUGUUGUGUGCGUUUGUGCAUGUUUGUGUGUAUGUGAAUGUUUUACGUAUGAACUGUGUGUGUGUGUUUCUCUGUGUUCCAGGUGGGCUGUGGGGAUGGCAGUGUCAGACUACACACAGUGCUGAGUGAGCAGCCUCUGAUGGAGUGGACCAGCAGUACAGCAGGGCAGCCGGUGGUGUCAGUACAGUGGGCCAAGACCAGGCCAACAGUCUUCUGUGUUCUGGAUGCUGCCUCCUGCCUUCACAUAUGGGACCUGCUGGAGAAAGACUUUGAGCCUGUAAUCACUGAAAAGAUUGAUGCUGACAGGUAAUUAUGAAUGACUCUUCUUUAAAAAACUCACAAUUACAAAAUUAUUGAAUGAUGUAUUUCAAUGUUUGUCAGACGAUGGCCCAAGACAAAAUGAAAGCAUGCGGAGGGUUCUGUGUAAUAAACAACUUAUUAAUAUGGAAACAACAAAGUGCAGGUGUCAUUUGUAUAACUACUGCAUAACUAAUGAAGAGCAGAAUGCAGAGAACUGGAUUUAACUGGAUGGAAUAUAAGUGAUGUAUCACCCAGUUAGUGAUUGGGGGCAGGUGUUUUUUAUUCUCACAUCAAUAAUACAUUUUAUGAUGCAUGAUUCAUCUUUCUGUUUCUUUCUCCUCAGGGUAACAGCCAUGGCUGUUUUUGGUGACCCUGCAAAGCAGAACACAUAUUCAGGAAUAUCACUGGCAACGCAGUCGGGGAAGAUAGAAAUUCAGUAUUUCAGCAAGAGAUUUACAGUGCCUGAAUCUGCUGACCUGGAGAAACUACAGAUCAUGAUGCAAGAGGCCUUUUGAAGUUAUAUGUCAGGAGUGUAUUAAUUUGUGCAAACGGUUGAAAAUGUUUUUUAACCGUUUUUUUUCGGGCCUGUUUGCUUCCAUUUGGUUCCUAGUGGAUACAACCCAGGGGCACACUGUGUUGGGCAAAAUGUGUACAUACAGUGGUAAUCGCAGUCAUCUCUAGAUCAGUAAAGAGAUCAACUUCAGAAUGUAAGCAGAUAUAAAUGGACCAUCUAUUUCAUUCCUCAUUCUGUUAUUUUGUGUAUUCUAUAUACAGUAGAUGCCAUAAUGGCAUGAUGUUGAAACACAAUAUUGAAAGAAAAAUUGCUUUAUUUUAGCAUAUUUACAGAUGAACAACUUUUUUUUUGUAUAUUGAGAAUGUCUUACUUUUCUGUGUGUUUUAUAAAAAAGAUAAGGAAAGAAUGGACUUGGUGUUUUCUUCCCAUCCAACUUACUCAAAGUGUGACACCAAACUUUCAGGGCUAAGCAACAUGAUGAAUGUAUAGAUGCUACUGUUCAUUUAAUUGAUGUGAUGUUAAUACAAUUACAUUAUUUUGUCUAUGAGAGAACUUUUGUUACUUCAUUAAAUAAAGUAUUUAAUGUA